UUUUCUAAUUGUGCCUCAGAUGUUGCGGUCACACCGAUGACGCUCUGGGAAAUUCAAGAAGGAAGCACAAGGUUACAACGAGACUCGCGUUUCACAUAUAAAAGCUCUCCUCUUGCCCAGAGAUCUUGCAUUUUAUUGUGCAAGUUCCGUGUAGUUGGUUCACCUUUUUGUGAGUGAUUUUCCCCCUCGAGGAAUUUUCUCCAAUUAAAUGGAUAAAUGGAGAGGAAAGGUGGCUGUUGUAACAGGAGCGAGUUCCGGAAUCGGAGCGACUCUGGCAAAAGCUCUUGCAGAUUCGGGGAUGGUAGUCAUCGGACUAGCUCGCAGAAGUGCAAUGGUGGAGGAGCUAGCAAUGGGUGUGACCGGAAGUGGGAAAAUUCAUGCAAUAAAGUGCGAUAUGACGGACCAAAACCAGGUGAAAAGUGUCUUCGACAGCAUAAGAAGUGAUUAUGGAGGGAUCGACGUUCUCAUCAGUAAUGCUGGUUUGAUUAAAUCUGCAUUUUUGAUUGAAAAUGAUUUGGAAGAUUUCAGGGAGACUGUAGACCUCAAUCUGUGGGCUUCAGUGGUGUGCAUUAAGGAAGCCAUUAAGGAUAUGCGAGAGAGGAAAUCAAAAGGCCACAUUAUCAUAAUCAACAGCAUUCUCGGCCACCGCAUUCCGGAUGUGCCCCUGCCCAAGUUCAACAUCUACCCAGCUACAAAAUUCGCCCUCACAGCCCUUGCACAGACAAUUCGGCAGGAGUUGCGCUUCCACGGAGCGGAAAUUAAAUUGACGAAUAUUUGUCCAGGAUUGGUGGACACACCCUUGUUGAGUGUCUUUGAUUCGAGGCAUUUCGCUGCGUUGCUAAAAUUAACAGCGGAUGAUGUAAAAGACGCAGUAAUUUAUGCACUCGGACCUCCAGAUAACGUUCAAAUAAACGAGAUAAUCUUCGAGGCAGCUGGACCAUUAGUUUUUCCCACUGAUCUUCAGUAGAGCAGCAGCAGCAUCACAAUUUCUCGUGGAUUUCUUUUUAAACUCACAGCAAUUUUUAUUAAUUGAAACUUUUACAAACCACUUGUUCUAUUUCGAUGCAAAUUCAUUUUAAACAUAUAAAAAUAAAACAUUCCCAAUGGA